AUGGCGCUUCUAAGCAAAGUCCGACGAAUCGUAUGGGGUGCUCCGGCUACCACAAAAGCAGAAAGACGACUGAUCCUCAAGAUUGACUUCUUCAUCCUGACUUAUUACUGGUGUAAUUACCUUGACCGUGCCAAUCUAAACAAUGCAUAUGUCAGUGGCAUGAGAGAAGCCCUUCACUUUAAAGGCACCCAGCUGAAUCAGAUCAACACAAUCUUCUACGGUGGUUACCUCCUUGGUCAGAUUCCAAACAAUCUGAUACUCCAAAAGGUUCGACCUCGGAUAUGGCUUCCUCUAACAUGUCUGAUCUGGGGCUUCUUCACACUCGGUACAGCCUUCACAACCAACCCGACUCAGAUCAUGGUGAUCCGUUUUUUCCAAGCAUUCUUCGAAGCGUCUUGUUUUGUUGGGGUUCAAUGGAUUCUGGGCUCAUGGUACAAGCCAUCUGAAAUCGGCAAACGAACAGCAAUAUUCACCAGUUCCGGCCUGGCUGGUACUAUGUUUAGUGGUAUCAUGCAGGGAGCUAUUCAUGAAACCCUCGACGGCAGCGCUGGACUCGCUGGGUUCAGGUGGUUGUUCGUCAUCGACUUUCUCAUCACAUUUCCCAUCGCUAUCUAUGGCUUCCUAUUCUUUCCUGACACGCCCCUGUCAACAUCAGCAAGGUAUUUGACACCAGAAGAGCGCUCGCUUGCAGUCGAACGUCUUCCUGAAAUCUCCAAAGAGCGUGGCGUUUUGGGCUGGUCGCUCAUCCGCCGUGUCAUUGCAUCUUGGCAUUUCUGGGCUUUUGUUCUUCUCUGGAUUGCAAACAGUAACACUGAGAUGUACUCUACUAACGCAAUCAUGCAACUAUGGCUUCGAUCUACAGGGGACUACACCAUCUCUGAAGUGAACUACAUUCCUACUUCGGUUUCCGGUAUGGGUAUAGUGGUCACACUAUUACUAGGCUGGUACAGCGACUACAACCCAAGUCGCAACAGAUGGCACGUCGGUGUCCUCCUGUCAUUUACCGCCAUCGCCUCUGGAGCCCUGAUGCUCCGUCCACCUACCGAGGGUGCAAAAUUCGCGGCCCUGAUCCUGAACGGCUGCCAAUUUGCUGGACAGACUGUGAUGUUUGCGUGGGCCAACGACCUGAUUCGCAGCGACGAUGCAAAACGUUCCGUCAUCAUCGCUUGUAUGAACAUGUUCAGUAUCGCAGUCUAUAUGUUCUGGAGUAUUCUCUUCUACAAUGUGACCCAGGCACCUGACUGGUUCAAAGGGAAUUGGGCGAUGAUUGCGAUGGGUCUGUUCUUGUUGAUUGUUACGCUGGCGACCUUUACGUUACAGAGAAGACAAGAGCGGAUGGAAGCGCUGGAGGACGCGAGUAGAAACAUACGAGCGACGGAGGACAAGCUCAGUAUGGAGGAUGUGGCAGUGAAUAUGCGCGGUCUUACGAAGGUCUGA